GAGAGAAGCAAAGUCUUGCUAGUAAAAAUUAUAAGUUAACAAAUUUUUCAAACUCUGCAGUUGGUGAUCAUCUGGAUAUAAUGUUUACUAUAAAAAUCGGUGAGAAUCAUCUUGAGUUGCUUUAUGUUGAAAGUGGCGAUUAUAUGAAGAUAUAUGAACUUCAACAGAAAGAUAAUCUUUACUUUUAUUUUCCACUUACUGAAGCCUGUAUAUCUUUAGAAAAUACAUCAUAG